UUAUGCGCUGCUUCCGUUCAUCUUGACCGUGGUGUUUUAGACCAGAGCAGCCGAGCAGUCCGUCUGCUGGGGAGAGACAGAGGAAAAGUUAGUCAAGAUGGCAAAUCCCACAGACCCGGAGUGAAGGGGCACCGCUCCCCGAUAAAAGCUGAGCCUGUCGCCCGACCUGAGACAAACAAAACGAUGCAAACUGCUCCAGGAGGCUUAAGAGGGAUUCCCUGAAGAAAAAUGCCAGUGAGGUUAAUGUGCUGAUGUGACACAGCGUGUGUGCUGGAAGAAAGCUGACUCAUCAAAUCUCAGUCCCUCUGGGAGCGACAAAGCAACAGAGAGCAGCUCAUAUCACCUAAUGCCUAGCUAGAAGAGAGCCUUGCAACCCCCCCCCACACACACACACACACACACACACACACACCAAGGGAGAUUAUCAGACAGGACAAGACAUUGCAGAAACCCCCUCCAGCAGGAAUAUAUGCAGCACCAACUGCAGGCAAAACAAAUUUUGGCACCAGAAGGCCUAACCGUGACUGCUGCCCUAGCCGCCGGCAAAGCUAAGAAUGGCAUCACAGAGCUUCAGCUGAACCCCCCCACCAACUGACUGACCCCUCCCUGUGUAUAGAAACAUCAACAAUCACCUGUUAAGACCACUGUCAUCCUCCCAUCAGUUUUACCCCAAAACCAUCAGUGUAAAGUUUGGGGGAGGUCGCUCCUCUCAGCCCGGCACCACCACAGUCAGCCCCCCUCCCACCCCUGCCUCGCAGACCAUGAUGUUUCGCGAUCAGGUGGGCGUGCUAGCCAGCUGGUUCAAGGGGUGGAAUGAGUGCGAGCAGACGGUGGCUCUGCUGUCCCUGCUGAAGAGGGUGAGCCGGACCCAGGCCCGCUUCCUGCAGCUCUGUCUGGAGCACUCGCUCGCCGAGUGCACCGAACUGCAGGUCCUGGAGGGAGAGGCCAACAACCCAGGGGUGAUCAGCCAGUGGCAAGGCGAGUCUAAGGAGCGGGUCAUCUCGCUUGUCCUCACCCAUCUCCCGCUGCUCAAACCCGGCAACGUUGAAGCCAAGGGCGAGUACAUGCGCCUGCUGCCACGCAUCCUGGCCCACACCAUCGAGCAUGGCCGUCACCUGGAGGAGUCCCGCCAGCUCCUGUCCUACGCCCUCAUCCACCCAGCCACCUCCCUGGAAGACCGCUCCGCCCUGGCACUCUGGCUCAACCACCUGGAGGAGAGGGCCGCUGCCCGGGGAGACUCACUGGAAAGGCCUCCUCCUUCUGGGCCGCACCACCACCACCACCAGUCCACGCCUCCAUCCACCCUCUCCUCAUCAGGAUCCUCCUCCUCCACCAACACCUCUUCAUCAGGCAAUCUCUUCUCCUUGCAUCACCACCAGCGCUACGGCUCGGACGACCGCCUCAAUGGGUGGCAGAGCUCCAGAGAUUCAGGGCUGGGCGGAGGCUGGCACCCGCAGCAGCAGGGCUGUGAGAACGGGCACCUCCUUCUCUACCCAUCAUCCUCUGUGCCGGCAACCAUCAACACAGUUGGAACUGGUGGAGGCGGUAACACUAUCCUGACGAGUGGAGGUGGCAGCCAGCAGCACAGUCCCCUGAAGCGCUCAGUGUCCCUCACGCCUCCCAUGAGCGGCCCCAGCAACCAGCCUCUGGCCCACGUCUGGCUGUCCCAAGAGGACCUACGGACUGCUAGAGGCCCGGCCCCAGACCAUGCACCUCUCUCACCCCAGAGCAGCAUUGCCUCCUCGGGCAGUGGAGGCAGUGAGCAUCUGGAGGAGGGUGGUUUAGGAGGAGGUUCAGGUCUGCAUCGCAGUUCCUUCCAUGAUGAGGGCAGUGGCAUGAGGGAUGUUCCUGCAUGGCUGAAGAGUCUCCGUCUCCAUAAGUACGCCGCUCUCUUCUCCACAAUGACCUACGAUGAGAUGAUGUCACUGACUGAAGAACAGCUAGAGGCACAGAAGGUCACUAAAGGAGCAAGACACAAGAUUGUUAUCAGCAUUCUGAAGCUCAAAGAAAGGCAGAACCUACUUCGCAGCUUGGAAAAGGAUGUGUUGGAGGGCAGUAAUCUGCGCGCCCCGCUGCAGGAGCUCCACCAGAUGAUCAUGACGCCUAUAAAGGCUUUCGUUGGCGGCGAGGACGCCUCCCUGCAGCGCCCCCUGCUAAGCCCUGAGGGAAAGAGCGCAGCGCCCGGCUCCCACCUUACCGGGGUUGGUGGGAGUGGAGGGGAGGCCGAGUCAGGCACAAGCGUCAUCGCAGAGGGGGAUAUACCUGGCCAGUUUACUCGUGUCAUGGGAAAAGUUUGUACCCAGCUACUGGUGUCGAGGUCAGACGAGGACAACAUCAGCUCCUACCUACAACUGAUCGACAAGUGCCUUAUCCAUGAGUCCUUCACUGAGACGCAGAAGAAGAGGCUGUUGUCAUGGAAACAACAGGUCCAGCGGCUGUUCCGGUCCAUUCCAAGGAAAACCCUCCUCGAUAUAGCAGGGUACCGACCGCAGAGGAGCCGUUUCGGCCAGUCCAACUCGCUCCCCACUGCUGGCUGUGUUGGGGGCAGCGUGUCGGCCAGGAGGAGCCUUCGCCAGUUCCAGAUGCCCUCCAGGAGCUUGCCGGGUGCCAGGCUGGGCCUGCUGGGCAGCGGGGGGCUGCUGGGACCCACACCUCGCAGCUCCAGCAGCACACCCACUGGUCCCAAGCAGGGGAGACAGGGUCUCUGGUUUGCCAACCCCGGAGGAAGCAACAGCAUGCCCAGCCGGACCCACAGCUCCGUGCAGAGGACCCGCUCCCUGCCGGUUCACACCAACCCACAAACCAUGGUCGUGUUCCAACAAGCCGAUCUACAGUUACCAGUGACAGAGCCAGACAUCAACAAUCGCCUUGAGUCGCUGUGUCUGAGUAUGACAGAGCACGCCUUGGGAGACGGCGCUGACCGCACGUCAACGAUAUGAAAUGAGGACCUGAGUGAGAGCAGUAGGACAGCGCAGGUUCCUGAGGCCCUCUCACGAUAAGUCACCUCGAGGUCCCCGGCCCUGCUGUCCCCUCUCCCUGUAGCCAAUGGCAGAGCUCAACCAAAAGGAUCGGGCGGGAUCCAAGAAACAUAAGCGAGCCGAUCACCAAACGGCCACCACAAGCUAUCACAUUGGCACCGUCCAUCGGGUCGGAAAAAACACACUUCCUGCUCCGCCAGCAUGCUCACAGUCCCCUGCAUCUGGGUGAGGAAAGAGAAACGCAUUGAACACGGCCUGAACAGUAUGUGGACAGAGCCCCCCCCACCACACACACACACACACCCAUCCCCUUCUGGGGAGGCCAGAAGCAGUGCUGCAGCCCAGCAGAAUGGAGACGCUGGCCUGUGGAUCAGGGCCCAGUGAGACUGAGGCCCUUUUCCCUCUCCGACACCCUCUGGUCCCCGCACAUCGACCGCAGCUCGUGGCAUCCUUCAAAUCCAUAACAGUACCUCAGACCCCAAAAACAAGACGAGACCAGCAGAGCUAGAAGGAACGCCAGAAGGAAGUUUGGGAUUUCCUUGACUGUUUUCAGUGAGGACUGAGCGUCCAGCGCAGACACUUCGGGAAGGUCCUCUUGCUCGGUAUUGGGUGGCAAAAAAAAAAAAAAAUUUAUUUGUUUUGUAUGUAUUUAUUGUUUACAUAAUGAUGCUACUUUCAAAGGGUACAGAAAUGUGUAUGAAUUUCAGGUAUGAAUUGUGUAAUAUUCUGUAAAGCCUUGGCUGUCUACCAGCUCAAUGUCCCACACGAGUAGUCAUCACGCUAGUUUACAACCAACGUGCUUCUUCUUUAUUUUAGCAGCCAACCGCAAAGACGUGUCGGCGUGAACAUUUAUCGAGAGGGAGGAGGGCGAGAAAGAGGUGGAGGUAGAGCAGAUGUGUGAAGAGGGAGAAGAGAAGGACGUGGAGAAGGAAACAGAAAGUAGUAGAAGGAGGAAUCAAGCCGAGGUGAUACCGGAAAGGGAAGCGGAUGUUUAAAAAUGAAAGAACAUCAGAGGCAGGACCUUUGAUGACCGAGGAAGAUGAUGUCAUGUCUGAUCAUGUUGUGAGUGGAGUGCAGGAGGAAGUGAGUUUGGCACUGGUCAGUUACAUAUUGUUUAUCCGCAGCAUGUACUGUAUGAUCUCUUUUGAAUUCAGAGCCUUUGUAGGCGCGAUACAUUGAAAAUGUAGGGUUUUUUUAUACACAAAUGGGAGAUUAUUAUCGUCAGUGGGAUCCGUCUGCAUGUUCAGAUACUGGGUUUAGUUCAUUUCUUUUCUAAAGCAGGGUGAUACGCUUAAGCUGCAUGUUACAACUAAAUAUUUUCACGGAGGAAGAUUGCGGAGAAGGUGGCAGAAGAGAAAAAAAACAGGAGGUCGCUCUGGUUUCUACUCGGACUCGUGUUGCAACGUUGGAGAAAUCGCACACUGGCGAUCCAUGAAGGGAAGUUUUCCCAGAGAUUGGCUUCAUUAGUGCUUACCUCCACCUGCUGGCCAAACACAGUCAUGACGGGACAGGCGCUGAAGUCUCUGGACACACAGGCAGAUCAUUGAAAAAUCAUUUACAAACAUUAUUUUGGGAGAUAUCAGUGCUGCAGCAGUCCCCUCAAAGAUUGCCCGUGUAACAUGGUCUUCUGUCUGUUCUGUCUGCACAGGCCUAUAUGAAAUUAAUUUUCUUGUUUUAGAUUCUGAAUCUCAUGGUUAUUCUGUGUCUUAAUAUUUAUCCUGAGUUUAUUGUGUGUGGAGUACAGACUUUAUAAGAAUAGGUUUAUAUUGGAAUAAGCUGGUUAGGAAACUCCCCUCUUUGCCGCUUUCAGCGUUGUGCUGAGAGUCGCGACCCCGAACGGUUCUCUUCAUCGAGGGUUGUUGAUUAUUAUUGUUUAGUUUCUUUCAUUAGUUUGUUGCAAUUCUGUAGUACUUCCUCUGUAUCCUGCACUUGAUAUGAUAAUGUGAUACACUAAAAUCCAAAUGUUCAAGGCUCACGCGACAGUUUUGUGCUUCGGAGUCCGAUCGAACGGAGCAGAUUGAGGAGAUGAGGUCGACGCUCGCUCUCAACUGCAGAGCUUCAGUCUCGGUGGACAGACAGAAGUAGAGCGGUAGAACCACAACAGGUGGUGAGACGAAAACGCUCCUGGCGGUCGAUGUUGGGAGUUAAAAAAUACUUCCUGUUCUCAUGUCACACACAGUUUAAGGACCACACCAGUGUUUGUGCAUGUUUUAGCCCGUUUACUACGAUUUUAAUACACAUUACAGUACUACCAAUUUUAUGGUUUUCCCAACCUUCCAGGCAAACACAAGUUUCCAUUUAAUCUAUUAUGGUAUUAACAUGAACUUGGCAACUCCCUGAGAAAGUUUAUCCAUCACUGCGAACUUUUAUAAGUCUGUCUUGUUCUAUAGUGCUCUUCACACUUUAUCAAAGAUCUUUGCCUGCAUAAGGAAUAACCACACAACAAUAAUUUGUUGCGGGCGUAAUGUUUGCUGGGAUAAAACACUUUCCCAACCAAGUUUCAAGUGUAUUCAACCUCAAUUUCAUACCAUAGUAGUAACCGCUGGCUAGCUACAAGUUUGGGGAAACCUAAUAAAUACAUUUAAAACACUACCGUAUGCUUACACCAAUAAUAUUAUAUGUAGCCAGCAGCGACGCAUUCAGUGUGUGCACUAUAUCUAAGGGACUAAAACAUGCAGACACUUAUUGUGACGUCUGGAGCCCAAACUAAGGCUGGGCGAUAUGGAGAAAAUCAGAUAUCACGAUAUUCUUGACCAAAUACCUCGAUAUUGCGGCCAUAUUCUAGGUUUGACAAUUGGUGCCUAAACAAAAUAUCUUCACACUUAGAUUUAGAUAAAUAAUCAUCAGUAAUGUGUACAUAAUGUCUAAGUGGUUAAAGGC